AUGUCAUCAUCAGUGCCAUACGACCCAUAUGUACCUCCAGAGGAGGCUAACUCGACUUCGAACCCGAACUCUCAGAACAAAACAGCUGCUCUGAGACAGGAAAUCGAUGAUACGGUGGGCAUAAUGAGAGAUAACAUCAACAAAGUCGCUGAACGUGGUGAAAGGUUGACGUCUAUCGAGGACAAAGCUGAUAACUUGGCUAUUUCGGCACAAGGUUUCAAGAGAGGUGCCAACAGAGUUAGAAAACAGAUGUGGUGGAAAGAUUUAAAGAUGAGGAUGUGUCUAUUUUUGGUUAUUAUCAUCUUAUUAGUGGUUAUUAUUGUUCCUAUCGUUGUCCAUUUCAGUUAA